CUCCUGUUUCAUUCAGCCGCAUCGACACUAGAAAAACAAUCAUUCGUGGUGCCACUAUGGAGGAUACAGGACAGGAAAUCUGUCGGGUGUGUCGCACGGAAGCAGCAGCCGAUCGGCCUUUAUAUCAUCCUUGUAUCUGCACAGGCUCCAUCAAAUUCAUUCACCAGGAGUGUCUUGUACAAUGGCUUCGGUACUCGAAGAAGGACUACUGCGAGCUCUGCAAUCACCAUUUCUCAUUUAUGCCAAUCUAUUCCGCAGAUAUGCCAAAGCGGCUGCCAACGCGAGACAUUGUUCACGGUCUUCUCGCUUCAGUCGGAGCCGCGCUAAAAUGUUGGCUUCAUUAUACACUGGUAUGGAUUGCAUGGCUGCUGAUCGUGCCGUUGAUAGCGGCUCGCAUUUACAAAUGUCUCUUCGCUAUGUCGUUUUCAUCCCUUCUGUCGUUACCACUCGACAUUAUGUCGACCGAGAACGUAAUGCAUGAUGGAAUGUGCGGUUUCGUCAUCGUCAUAUCGACGCUGUGCUUCUUUAUAGCCAUUGUGUGGCUGCGCGAACAGAUCGUUCAUGGCGGAGCCCCGGAAUGGCUUGAGCCUCCGUUACCACCCCGAAGAAACCCUGAAAAUGGGGGCGGAGGUGGGGAAGCUAGGGAACCUCAGGAUUUCUACCUGUACACAGAUGAAGAAGAGGCAGGAGAGGAAGACGACGACGAUGGUAAUGAAGAUCAACGAAUGAUUGAGGAGAAUGGCAACGAUAUCGCGGCGGUACAGAUGGCCGCUGAGCAGCGAGCCAACCGUAACGAGAUUGGCAAUGGCGAACCCCACGUCGGUGGCCCUCAACGCCGAAGAAGGGCGCGGCGUGCUGCUGCCGACUUCGCUGUAGAACACGCGGCUGGUGGACCAGCUGACAACGCCGCGGCGGCUGAUGCUGCGGUUGAACGAGCUGCGGCCCCCGGUAAUGCUGGUCAAAUACGAGGAGUCGGAGCGGGCGCUGACGACGUGCUUGAAAACAACAGAGGCGUUAUGGGGGUGGCCGCCGUGGCAAUAAGGGAGGGUGCAGCUGAAGGCGCUGCAGCCGGUCGUGGUGGGGAGAAUUGGCGUGGACUCGAUUUGCAUGCCGUUGCCAGACAAGCCGGACUGGUCAAUAAUCCUGACGACGACGAUCAGGGCCAAUGGAACGCUGAAUGGGAGCGUGGAGGCGAAGAUAUUACAUGGCAGCGGCUUCUUGGCUUGGAUGGGUCUCUCGUAUUCCUAGAGCAUAUGUUUUGGGUUUUGUCGCUUAAUACUUUGUUCAUGUUUCUUUUUGCUCUAGUUCCUUUUUACUUUGGCGAGUGGCUUGCCGCUCUUAUAGGCAUCACACAGCACAUUGAAGAAUUCGAGUUCCGAGGACCUCUAGUUACUUUUAUCGGCUACAUUGUUACAGCUUUUAUCCUGAUGACUUUGUACACUCUGUGCCAAGGAGUCCGUUUUCGCAGGGCACGUCGAAUUGUUGGGCUGUGUUAUCUUAUCAUUAAGGUGUCGUUGUUGGCAAUAGCAGAAAUUGGCCUGUUCCCAAUGAUGUGCGGAGCCUGGCUAAACAUUUGCUCGAUGGAACUGUUCGGAAACUCGCUUCCGUUGCUUCAUGCUCACCUAAAGGCUGCGCCGGCGACGAACGCAUUCCUUCAUUGGUUAAUCGGGAUGAUCUUUAUUUACUACUUUGCGUUCUUCGUACUUCUUUUACGGGAGGUCCUGCGUCCGGGUGUCCUUUGGUUCUUACAAAAUAUCAACGAUCCUGAUUUUCAUCCAAUUCAGGAAAUGAUCCAAAUGUCAGUCAUGCUUCACGUGCGGCGGUUCGUGGCUUCUUUGGUAAUCUUUGGUUCUGCUAUUCUCCUCAUGGUUUGGUUGCCUUUGAGGAUAAUGAAGAGGCUCACGCCAUCGUUGAUACCCUACAAUGUGUCAAUGCAAACAGCCGAUAUGCCGACAACCGAGAUAUCCAUGGAGCUCAUGAUACUACAGGUUGUCCUCCCGGCCCUUCUGGAGCAGGGUCAUACGAAGCAGUUCGUCAAAUGGUGCGUCAAGCUUUGGUGUCGUGGCGUGUCUUCGAUACUUGGCAUUAGAAGCUAUUUGCUUGGGGAACCGAAUGGCAACGGCGAAAGACGCGAUGGUGGAGGAGACGCAGGAGUCGCUCAGGAGAAUGAACGGGAAGAAAACGUCCAGCAACAGCCAAGGGAACUGGCGGCGGUGCACCAGGCGCUCGUCAAUGCGCAUGUGCCUUCGCCGAACGUGCCCUACGUGCGCAGUUCAUAUUUUCCUCUCAGGAUUGCCGGAUUACUUUUUUGCAUUUGUGUAACGUUGACACUUGUCAGCGUAACAGUUCUGGUGGCUCCCGUAUCUGUCGGCCGAUGGGUGAUGUCCAUCGCCAUACCGAAUACGCGUUUACAUGAAUUCUACACGGUGGGCGCAGGGCUGUAUGUCUGUUGGUUAGCAAUUCGCGGUGUAUCGUUGGCACGAAGUUGGCUUCCCAGAGGGUGGUCUUCAAUAUAUCAGUCGCUGUUAAGCUCGGCUCUCGUUGGGCUCAAAGCCCUUACCGUAGCCAUGCUGCUUCUUGGACUCGUGCCACUACUUAUCGGAAUCCAUUUCGACCUCAUCAUCGUCAUCCCACUUCGAGUUCCUGUAGACGCCAGCCCAGUUAUGUAUCUUUUCCAUGACUGGGCGCUAGGUGUGCUCCACACAAAAAUCAUCGGAGCACUCACUCUCAUGGGCCCUAACUGGUGGCUUAAGGCUGCGCUUGAUCAGGUGUAUCAAGACGGCGUGCGGAAUAUGAAUCUUACACGAAUUGUCCGAGAUAUUGUUCUUCCGUGUGUUGCUAUCCUUGGCCUGUCGCUUAGCCUUCCAUACAUCUUUGUGUACUCAGUGCUCGCGCGAUUCGUCUCUGACGCCACUCUGCACCUGUCUGUGAGGAGAAUCUAUCCAGCGUUACUAUUUGGCAGCCUGCUUGCGUGGUAUGCUAUGUUCCAAUGGCGCCAGUUUCGCAGGUUGUAUGAGCAUAUCAAAAACGACAAGUACCUAGUUGGUCGAAGGCUGGUUAACUAUGAGCGACAGCAGCAACAACAGCAGCAGCAGCAACAACAACAACAACAAUAGCAGCAGCAUGCAACGUAAAAUGUUUUAGUUAAUAAUAAUUACAAAAAAAAAAAAAGAAACAAAAAAGGGAAUGCAAAAGAGAGUGAAGCUGCAAUUAUGAUUGAUAUUAAAAAUCGGAAGUAGCAGGAACUAAAAAGAUAGAUUAUGUAAAUGUAUGGCAAACCAAGCUGGCAAUAGGGGAGGAACGCUCAGCAAGAAAAAAGAACUCUCGUGCAGUAGGGCAACUAGAAGAGAGAUCUCAGCUUCUAAGAGGAAAGUAAAGAAAGAGAGAGGCAAGUAAAAAUUGAGACAAAGAUAGAUCCUAUGUGACAAUUGGGUUGCUGCCAUGGUGAUUGCGUCUGGUCAAAGAUACAUGCAUACAAAUUCGUAUAGGCACGAACUGCAACGAACGGAAAGACGACGGUAACGACGACAAUGGUAAACUCAACGAGUUAACGGUCAUUGGAAGCUGUUAGCGGCUACUGUACGCGUCAUUGAGGGUCACCAGUUGGUGCCUGAUGGGCCUAAUAAAAGGAAGAGGGGCCAGGGAGAAGAAAGUAACGUGGGGCAAGCGAGUCUCAUACGCAGGACCUAAUGGACAAUGUUCUAGAGAUGGUUUUUAGGUAGAUAUAUACAUAUAGGGUAGCAAUAGUUAUUAAGCGUAAAGUGAUGGACAGAAAAGGGCAACGACAGGAUAUGGAGUUUCUGUUGAUAGUAUACUUAUCGUAUUGUAUAUGUAUAGGAGGUGUCAUUAAGGGACACGUUAGAGACUUUCACAACAUAACGGGGGAAAGCGAGGGGGAGAAGCAACAUAAGAAUUAACAGUGGCAUAAUGAAAGUCCGGUAAGAUUCUUCAUAAUGGAUAUCUACAUGAUGGUACGAUAGUGUUAGAUAAGUUUUUUUGGAAACUACUCUUGCUUGAUACUGCAUGUGACAUACGGCAAAAAUAAUUUACAGAAGCCGAAUUAUCAAUACCCGUGGAGAAGUAUUGACAGUGAUGGUUAUGGCGGUGGAUGGGUAGGUAAUUCGUAUGAUGAUGAUAAUAUUGGAAAUGAUAUCGGUAAAUGACGAUGUAUCCUUUUGUCUUAUUUACUGAACGAAGGUGAGGUUACAGUGAUGCACCGAAAUAUACUAGCGGUCCUCUACCCGGUCGUAUCUUUGGGGAAAAUGUGCAAAACGAAUAGACGACAAGUCGAAAGCCCCAAUGUACGAAUAGAGGGAUGGGGCGGCGAGUGUGAUAAACAACAAAAAUAUCAUAGAAAAAAAUCUACGACCUUAGCAAAAUAUGAACGGCGUUCAUGUAGAAAAUAUAAACAAGAUACAAUAAAAUGGAAAAAACAGAUGACCAGAAUGGCCUAAUGUGUGACAGAAGUCAAUUGAAUCCCCCUAUUGGGGUGAUGUCAACAGGUAAGCGCCAUUGAGAAGUUGUAAUAAAUCUGCAUGAAGCGGCACGAAAAGUGUAAACAAAGCAAAAUUAGGUGAGUCAAGAUGUUCGAUAAGCAUCUGAUCUUCGAUUUCACAUAUGGUCUGUGUCGUUGAUGAUUCCGCCAUUAAUGAAGUGUGUACGGAUCAAACCUAAGCACAUUCUUUCUGUCCACUUCUUUCUAUAGCAAACAUGAUGGCUGCAGUAAAACGAUUUGUUGUAAACAUUAUUUGUCUAUAUUCUGGCGUGAAGUACGAUAUAAAAUAUAUAUCCAUUUUC